GUUAUUUAAUCGAAGGGUGUAGAAAGCCGCGUUCAGGUGACGCUAGGAAACUCGAAAACCCUCCAAAUAUAAACCCUCGCUCGUUGCUGUAUCCUUCACACACACACACACACACACACACUCAUUCUCCUCUCCGAUCAACACCGCUCUACCCAUGGCUCUUCCGAAUCAGCAAACCGUUGAUUACCCUAAUUUCAAGCUCGUCAUCGUCGGUGAUGGUGGCACAGGAAAGACAACCUUCGUGAAGAGGCAUCUUACCGGUGAAUUCGAGAAGAAAUAUGAACCUACCAUUGGUGUGGAGGUCCAUCCUUUGGAUUUCUUCACAAACUGUGGCAAGAUCCGAUUCUACUGCUGGGAUACUGCUGGACAAGAGAAGUUUGGGGGUCUCAGAGAUGGUUACUAUAUCCAUGGGCAAUGCGCCAUUAUAAUGUUUGAUGUUACUGCCCGACUGACAUACAAGAAUGUCCCUACCUGGCACCGUGAUCUUUGCCGGGUCUGCGAGAACAUCCCCAUUGUUCUUUGUGGCAACAAGGUUGAUGUGAAGAACAGACAGGUGAAGGCAAAGCAGGUUACUUUCCACAGGAAGAAGAAUCUGCAGUACUAUGAGAUCUCAGCCAAGAGUAACUAUAACUUUGAGAAGCCUUUCCUUUAUCUUGCCAGGAAACUUGCAGGUGAUCCUAACUUGCACUUUGUUGAAUCUCCUGCAUUGGCUCCACCUGAAGUUCAAAUUGAUUUAGCUGCACAACAACAGCAUGAGGCUGAGCUUGCUGCGGCUGCUAGUCAGCCCCUUCCUGAUGAUGAUGAUGAUGCAUUUGAUUAAAAAUCUGCGUGUCUGUUGAUCAUCUUUCUGAGUUGCUUCUUCUGUCUUAAGCUAAGCUAAGCUACACUAUGUUGUGGGGUUGUAUUAUGGCAUUUUUGGUGUGGAUUUGAGUAUCUGAAAUUUAAUCAUUUAUAAGAUGUUUUACUUAAAAUUGGAAGCCUCACUUUAUGGUUAGAACACAUGGAUGUAGCUGUGGGCAUUGUUUAUGUUUACCGUCUGUGUUACAACUUACAAGGGUCUAUUGAAGUGAUUUGUGUUGGUUA